AUGCAUCUCAAGUUAUACGCCGCACUCGCACUCAUAUCUGCAGUCUUAGCGCAAAUGCCAAGCGGAGAAGGCGGAGAUUUACUCCAAGGUCUCGACAAGACGCUAGAGGUACCAGAAGGAUCAUUAAAAAAUCAAACUCUCAGCGAACCACCAGCAUGGGCUACUUCCAAGGCUGAGACUCCAGCUGAAACUUCCUCAACGGGUGCACGCCCAGUCGAGACUGGCAUUCCAGAUGAGGCUAAGAAGCAAAUCAAGCAAGCCAUGGAGGAAGAAGCUGCCAAGGAUGACGAGAAGACUUCUAGUGACUCUCCAUCUCCUGCCAAGUCAGCUGAAGUUGACAUGGAUGACAAGAAGGCCUCCCCAUCUUCCGCUAAACCAGCUGAAGCUGCAGAAGCACCGAAGCCAACUUCAAAUACACCAGAUGGGAAGGCUGACGAAGACAAGCUCCUCGGCGGUAGCUUAAUGAAGCGUCAGAUUCCAAUCGUCAGUGAUCUCGCAGGAGGUGCUUCAAAGCGUGACGCAAAACCCAAUCAGAAGGCUGACGAAGACAGGCUCCUCGGCGGUGGCUCAAUGAAGCGUCAGAUUCCAAUCGUCAGUGAUCUCGCAGGAGGUGCUUCAAAGCGUGACGAAAAUGAUCAUUAUAAACGUCAAGCAGGAUACACCAAGCGUAGUGGAUUCAAGCGUGUUCCAGUUUAA